AUGGCCAGGAACUGCUCCGAGUGCAAGGAGAAGAGGGCGGCACACAUCCUCUGUACCUACUGCAACCGCUGGCUGUGCAGCUCCUGCACGGAGGAGCACCGGCACGGCCCUGCCCCUGGGGGCCCCCUCUUUCCCCGGACCCAGAACGGGUCUCCAGGAGUGAAUGGUGGUUCUGGAGACUUCGCCUUGUACUGUCCUCUGCACACACAGGAAGUGCUCAAGCUAUUCUGCGAGACCUGUGAUGUGCUCACAUGCCAUAGCUGCCUCGUGGUGGAACACAAAGAGCACAGGUGUAGACAUCUUGAAGAAGUUUUGCAAAACCAGAGGAUGCUUCUGGAAAGUGUGACUACACAGGUGGCGCAUAAGAAAUCUAGUCUACAGACAUCUGCAAAGCAAAUUGAGGACAGGAUUUUUGAGGUGAAGCAUCAGCACAGGAAGGUGGAAAACCAGAUCAAAAUGGCCAAGAUGGUUCUGAUGAACGAGCUGAACAAACAGGCCAAUGGGCUCAUAGAGGAGCUGGAGGGCAUUGCUAAUGAAAGGAAGCGGAAGCUGGAGCAGCAGUUACAGAGCAUCAUGCUUCUCAACCGUCAAUUUGAGCACGUGCAGAAUUUCAUUAAUUGGGCUGUCUGCAGCAAAACCAGCAUCCCUUUCCUUUUCAGCAAAGAGCUGAUUGUGUUUCAGAUACAGCGAUUACUGGAGACCAAUUGUAACACAGACCCUGGUUCCCCUUGGAGUAUCAGAUUCACCUGGGAGCCUAACUUCUGGACCAAGCAGCUGGCUUCCCUUGGCUGUAUAACUACUGAGGGUGGACAACUGUCCCCGGCAGAUACUCCUGCGUAUGGAAGCUUACAGGGACCGUCAUCUUUUUAUCAAAGCCACCAGUCCCCAGGGGCUCAGCAGGAGACUCUCAGCCAUUCCUCACACAAGUUCCAGCCUCCAGCACUGUGUUCCUCCUCUGUGUGCUGCUCCCACUGCUCCCCAGUCUCGCCCUCCCUCAAAGGCCAGGUCCCGCCCCCCAGCAUACACCCAGCCCACAGCUUUAGGCAGCCGUCUGAGACGGUGCCCCAACAGCUGAGGUCACUGCAGUGCUCCCCGCUGCUGCCCAGGGAAGAAGAGCUGCCCUGCCGUCCUCGUCCCCCACAGCUACUUCCACCCUGGCUGGAGACCCAGCCCCCUGUGGAGCAAGAGAGCACAUCCCAGCGGCUGGGGCAGCAGCUGGCUUCCCAGCCCUUGUGCAUCGUCCCCCCGCAGGACGUUCAGCAAGGAGCCCAUGCCCCGCCCACCUUUCAGACACCGUCUGUCCAGGUGCAGUUGGGCCACCACCAGAAGCUGAAGCUCAGCCACUUUCAGCAGCAGCAGCCGCCGCCGCCUCCGCCCCAACAGCAGCCACCCCCAUCUCUCCCUCCAUCCCGGCAUCUGGCUUCUAGUCAGCACGAGAGCCCUCCUGGGCCUGCCUGUUCCCAGAAUGUGGACCUAAUGCACCACAAGUUUGAGCUGGAGGAAAUGCAGAAGGACCUGGAGCUUCUCCUUCAGGCUCAACAGCCCAGCCUGCAGCUGAGUCAGGCCAAAUCGCCUCAGCAUCUUCAGCAAACCAUCGUGGGGCAGAUCAACUACAUCGUGAGGCAGCCGGCACCCGUCCAGUCCCAGAGCCAGGAGGACACAGUGCAGGCUACAGAUGAGUCCCCAGCAUCUGAAAGCCCAAAGCCAAUUCUCCCUCUUGACAAGAAUACUGCUGCUAACUUGCCCCAGGCCUCUGGCGCAGAAACUCCUCACAGUGUUCCCCCACUGGACAGCGCCAUCCAGCACUCCUCUCCGAAUGUGGUGAGAAAGCACUCCACUUCUGUGAGCAUCAUGGGCUUUUCCAACACACUGGAGAUGGAACUGUCAUCUACCAGGCUGGCGAGGACCUUAGAGCCACAGAUCCAGAGUGCGAGCAGCCUGACAGCUGCCCCACCCCAGGUGGUACCAAGCCUGCUGAGUGGCCCCCCACCAACCGUGUCCAGCCUGGUGGGUGGUCAGAACCAGGCUAUGCCCAGCCUGACAGCCAGUCACCUGCCGACCAUGCCCAGCCUUGUGUGUGGCACACCCCACUCCAUGCCCAACCUGAUGAGUGAUCCCUCCCAGGCCAUCACAAGCCUGGCAAGUGAUCACUCUCAGACUGGGCCCAGCCUGAUGUCUGGUCCCACCCACACUGUACCAAGUCUGGCAACUUGUCCUCUGCAGAGCGUGCCUCCGGCUUCUAACAUGCAGUCGGAAACCGGAUCCAGCUGCAGUCCUGGCUCUGGCCAAACUGCAGGGAGCCUGUGCCCUGGGGAUGGGGCUGACCCCUCCCUGGGGAAUGCCUUGUGUAAGGUAGAACUGGAGGAGCCAAUUAACCUCUCUGUGAAAAAACCUGCACUGGUCCCAGUGGUCAACAAAUCCGUGGCCCUGCAGCAGUACCGGAGCCCAAAAGAGUGUGAGAAUUUUGAACAAGGAGCCCUAGGCCUGGGUACAAAAGGGAACCAGAGCAUCAGACCCUUCAAUAGUGAGCCCAAGAUUCCCUAUGUGCGACUGGAGCGGCUCAAGAUCUGUGCUGCCUCCUCAGGAGAGAUGCCUGUGUUCAAGCUGAAGCCACAGAAGAAUGGCAGGAUGGGNNGCUUCCUGCUGAUCAUUGAAUGUGGUACUGAGUCCUCCAGCAUGUCCAUUAAGGUCAGCCAGGACCACCUGUCUGAUGCCAUCCAGGCCCCAAACCUGGCGGGGAGAAAGGUCACUGUCACACCUCUGGCUGGGCAGCGGCCACCAGAAGUGGAGAGUGCAUCUCCUGAAGAACACAGGCUCAUUCCUCGAACCCCUGGAGCCAAGAAGGGACCCCCAGUACCAAUAGAGAAUGAGGAUUUCUGUGCUGUGUGCCUCAACGGGGGAGAGUUGCUGUGCUGUGACCGCUGCCCCAAAGUGUACCACCUUUCCUGCCACUUGCCAGCCUUGCUCAGCUUCCCAGGGGGAGAUUGGGUGUGUACCUUGUGCCGCAGCCUGACCCAGCCUGAGAUGGAGUACGACUGCGAGAACGCCCGCUAUAACCAGCCUGGAGUGCGGGCCCCUCCUGGCCUGAGCGCGUAUGACCAGAAGAAGUGUGAGAAGCUGGUACUGUCCUUGUGCUGCAACAGCCUCAGCCUGCCCUUCCACGAGCCUGUCAGCCCGCUGGCCCGGCAUUACUACCAGAUUAUCAAGAGACCCAUGGACCUGUCAAUCAUCCGGAGGAAGCUGCAAAAGAAGGACCCAGCUCACUACACCACCCCGGAGGAGGUGGUAUCAGACGUCCGCCUCAUGUUCUGGAACUGUGCUAAGUUCAAUUAUCCCGACUCAGAGGUUGCAGAGGCAGGCCGCUGCCUGGAAGUGUUCUUUGAGGGCUGGUUGAAGGAAAUCUACCCGGAGAAACGGUUUGCUCAGCCAAGGCAGGAGGACUCAGACUCUGAAGAGGUGUCUAGUGAGAGUGGGUAUUCCACUCCCCAGGGCUUUCCAUGGCCCCACUGCAUGCAGGAGGGCAUCCAGCCCAAGAGGCGGCGGCGACAUAUGGAGAAUGAAAGAGCAAAAAGAGUGUCGUUCCGCCUGGCCAACAGCAUCUCCCAGGUGUGA